CUCCAACCCCUCGUCUAGCAGAGUGGACAGUGGCCCUCCGCGGAGUUUGCCCUCGCACCUGGGCUACUCCCAGAGCAAAGACGCCCCCUCCGCCCCCCUCACCAAUGGCUAUUGUGGCAUGAGGACACAGGGCCCACAGGACUCAACGACAUUGGCCCCUCGUACCCAAAAGCCAGAGUCGCCCCCCCAUGAGCAGUGAAAGUGGCCACCAUGUUCCCUCCCCGGCCCCCAUGCCCUCCCACUCCGCCCCCCUGCCAUCCCUCAGCAGUCAUGUGACCAGUACAUACUCUUCAGGAUCUGCCCUCUCCACUAGCUCCUCCCUCACGAUGACCAGUGAGGAGAACAGCAGUCUCCACGCCUUCUCCUCCUCAAGCCCUUCGAUCAACGCCGCUGUUAGCAGCUCCAAUGGCAUGAUGCACGGCCCCGGAGGACUUGGUCUGACUGGCAACGCCGCCCUCUCACCCGCCGGGCGCACCGCCCAACCUCUGCUGACCACCACCUCGGGCAAACCCCCCCCUAACCUGGCCCAAGGAGUGCCCCCUCUGUUGGCCAACCAGUACAUUAUGGGCCCUGGAGGCCUGCUUCCUGCAUACCCGAUCUAUGGCUAUGAGGACCUGCAGAUGCUUCAGUCUCGUCUGCCUAUGGACUACUAUGGAGUCACAUUCCCUGGUACACCGGCAACGAUGCCUGGCAGAGAUGGGCUCGCCAACAAUCCAUACUCAGGUGAAGCGACCAAGUUUGGCCGAGGGGAUUCGUCAUCCCCGGCUCCCCCCACCAGCCUUUCACAGGGCCCAUCCUCGCAGCCCCCCCAAGCUCAGAGCCAAGGCCAGGGGGCCAGCAGAACCAGACAGGCCUUCCUCAACCCCCCUCUGCCUCCGGGCUACGGCUACACCGGCCUGCCCUACUAUGCUGGCAUGCCCGGGGUGCCCAACGCCUUCCAGUAUGGCCCCACCGUCUUUGUGCCUCCGGCCUCGGCCAAGCAGCCCAACAUGGGCCUGGGGAACCCCUCCAGCCAGUACCACCAACAGCAUCAGCCCAGCUACGGCCAGCACACUUAUGGAACAGCUUUUGACGACCUGUCUCAGGGCCACGCGGGGGAGUACAGUAAGGGAGGGUACGGAGGCUCUGCCCAGUCACAGGCCAAAUCAGCUGGCAGCGGCUCAGGGAAAGCUCCAGGUUUGUCCGGCUCGGGCAGCAGUGGAGGGGUGCCUGAAAUGGGUGCUUCAAUGUACAGCAAGACACAGGCUUUUGAUAAGCAGGGCUUCCAUACGGGAACCCCCCCUCCCUUCAGCCUGCCGUCUGCCCUGGGGGGCACAGGCCCCCUGAACCCCGGUGGUGCCCCCGGUUACGCCCCAGCCCCCUUCCUCCACAUCCUGCCUGCCCACCAGCAGCCCCACUCCCAGAUGCUGCACCAUCACCUCGCCCAAGAUGGACAGGGUGGUCCGGGUCAGCGCAACCAGUCCAGCAGCAUGCAGCAGAAGAGCCAGGGCAACAAGUCCAGCUAUGGCAGCCCUUACUGGGCCAACUGAAGGGCACUGUGGUGGCACCUAGGGGAGUCUGUCCUACUCAUCCUUAAGGCUCUGUGUGUGAAGCUAAACACAAACACACUGCCCAAACAUAACCCUCCUUCUCCAACUUCCCUCACCCCCAAAAGUCCUUACAUUUUCUUUCUUUUCCCUUUUUCAAAUUGGUUGUACAUGUAAGAUAUUUAUGUAUGUAUUUAUAUAUAUAAAUAUAUAUACUGUAUAUGUAAUAGUAGAACAAGAAAUGUGGUGGCUGCAUUUUUAUUUUUGAAGGACGUUUUUGUUCACUUUUUCAAAACUGCAGGAAGACGUUACAGCAAAAUCUGAACUCCUAUAGAGAAAUGUAAAGAGCUUUACCACUGAUGAAAUGAGGACCUCUCAGAUGGAGGGUUUUCACAUUAACAAACUGCAUUUGUCUCCUUUUUUAUACACAUCUGAGUGACUCCGCUAAUCCCACUUAUUUUGACGCUCUUUUAAAACUCCAUUUAAAUUUUGUAGCUGUAGAUCUCUUCCCUGUUUUCUGUUUCUGGUGGGGGGGGCUCUGGGGAGGGGGGGACGCCUCUGUGCCCUCCCAGCAUUGAUCCCCCUCAAAGACUUGCCCAUUCAAAUUUUAUAUUUUAAAGUAAUUUUAACCAUCGUUUACCUCUAAAUAAAAGUUCUGCGCUGUAA